GUUUUUAACCUUAGGGGCUAAAACCGAAAACGUAUAAAGUCUAGGGCCCAAAUAUGCUUUUUUUUCGCUAAAAAAUAUAAUACAUACAUUCAAACUAAACGGUGCCGUUUAACUGCAAUCUCCAGACCGUUUUUAUCUUCCAUUCCCGUUUCUAAGGCUUCAAUUUAGUUCAUAUCUGAUGAAUAAAAUUAAUAAUUACAGAUAGAAAUUCUAAUUCUUAUUUUGUUUUUUGUUUUUUUUUUUCUCAUUUCAAUCCUUAGACUUCUGAUAUCGGUUUCUACAGUUUUGAUCUGUGAACUAAAUCAUUUUGUGGGCUCCAAAAUGGCUGUGAUCGAUGUCACAAAAGCAUGCGUUGAUUCCAUUAAUCAAAUAUCAGAGCAUAUCGAAGGUGCUCUUCUUUACCUAGAUUCUGGAUGUACAGAAAGUUUCCAAUUUGCUGGAAUUUUUCCUACACUACUGGAACUUGGUGCGCGAGCUGUUUGUAGCCUAGAGAACAUGUGUUCUCUUGAUGCGGUAGCUAAUUGGAAUGCAAAUUUUGAUCCUGCAACAAAAAUUGUUGUUAUCACAUCCCGCCUACUCAGUGAUGCACACCGAUAUAUUUUACGUUGCCUGGGCACACAUCAAGGUGUUGAGCAUCUUACAGUGUGCACUUCUAUCUCAGAGGUAGCUCACUCGGCAUAUCCUGAUUCGCCUCUGGGACCUGAUGCAUUUCGUGAAUAUGAAUCCUUGCUUCUUCAAGAUUAUGAGGAGCUUGUUAAGAAACGUGGUACAAAAUCUGGAUUUUUAAAAGAUAGUGACAUUUCAGAAAGUAAAACCUUCCAAGAUUUCCAUCUUGGAGCUUCUUCAAGCGGAAAGAUCUUUUAUGGAGCUGAUGGUUCUGUGGAAGAUGCAGGGACAAAGCUGGUUGUUUCAGUGUAUCACUUCCCAAUGAUCUUUUGUCCUUUAUCCCCUAGAGUCUUUGUCUUGCCUUCUGAGGGUUCAGUUGCUGAAGCAUGCUUAUCUACUGAACAUGAGGAUUCACUUAGCCCUGGGUUGCCUCCCAUAAGUUCUGGAGUUGCUCCUGAUGGAGAUGAUGUUCCUGCUGGGGCACUUUUAACUGCACAUUUUCUUUACCAUCUUGCUGCAAAGAUGGAUCUGAAAAUGGAAAUAUUUUCCCUUGGCGAUUUAUCAAAAACUGUUGGAAAGAUUAUGACAGACAUGUCAAGUCUUUAUGAUGUAGGUCGACGUAAACGUUCUGCUGGGCUUUUACUUAUUGACCGCACACUUGAUCUCCUAACUCCCUGCUGUCAUGGGGAUUCGCUGAUUGACCGCAUAUUUUCAUCUUUGCCUCGGCGAGAAAGAACAACAUCUUAUUCCCACAUGAAAGGCUCGCAAAGUCAUCUCAAACUAGGUUCUUCUAAUGUACAACGUGCUACUCUUGAUGUUCAGAUACCACUUGCCAACAUAUUGCGAGAAAAAGCUUCUGAGAUAAAUAGUUCUCAGCUUUUAGAAAGCAUUGUGACUUUCCUAAGUGGAUGGGAUAGCAAUAAUUCUCUGCCCCCAAUUUUAGACUUGGUUAAUAUCUGCAAUAAAGUUCACAACGAGAAGUCUAUUCUCCCUGAGAUUCAGCUACUUAAUGGAUCCUUGGUUUCAGCUGAGACUUUUCGGGGAACGCCAUACAUGGAAGCUUUAUUUGAUAGAAGAACAAAAGAUGGGACAGUGCUAGUAAGGAAGUGGCUUCAAGAAACUCUACGCCGGGAAAACAUUGAUGUAAAUUUCAGAACCCGCCCUGGUUUUGCUACUAAAUCAGAACUGAAAGCCAUGAUUGAGGCAUUAACUAAAAGUCAAUCAUCAUUAAUCAGGAAUAAAGGAAUCAUUCAGUUAACAACAGCUGUCCUAGUUGCCCUUGAUGAAUCACAUUCUGCCAGAUGGGAUGCAUUUAUUAGUGCUGAGAAAAUAUUGAGUGCAAGUGCUGGAGACACGAGCCAGAGUCUUGCUGCUCAAAUUGGCGACCUUAUCAAUAAGAGUACUUUGGUGGCAUCAAAUGGACAGAACAACAAAACCCAACAAGCAUUACUCUCUUUUCAGGACGCGCUAUUUCUUAUGGUUGCUGGAUAUAUAUUGGCUGGUGAGCAUUUCCCAACAUCUGGCUCUGGCGGUCCUUUUUCUUGGGAAGAGGAGCAUUUUCUAAAAGAAGCUGUUGUAGAUGCAAUCCUUGAAAAUGCAUCAGUAUCAAGACUGAAGUUUCUCCAUGGUCUAACAGAGGAGCUUGAGGCCAAUUUCAAUAGAAAAAAAUUGGAAGAAACUGCAGGUACAUCACCAGAUAAUCUAGAAAUUAAUGAUUUUGAUGAUGACCAGUGGGGUAAAUGGGGUGAUGAAGAAGAAGAAGAUGAUGAUGAUAAGAAUAAAAAGGAACAUCAAUACAAUGACAUGCAGCUGAAGUUAGAGUUGCGUGAUAAGGUGGAUAACCUUUUCAAAUUAUUUCACAAGUUAUCUACACUGAAAGUAAGGAAUAAACCCCUGAGAGAAGGAACAUCUUAUUUGGAAAGCAACUUAAGUGGUGAUCUCGACUCCAAUAAGGGAUUACUCUACAAGAUUCUGAGAAGAGUAUUGGGCAAAAGUGAUGUGCCUGGAUUAGAGUACCAUUCCUCUGCAGUAGGGAGACUUUUUAAGAGUGGUUUUGGAAGGUUUGGUCUUGGACAGGCAAAACCAAGUCUUGCAGACCAAAAUGUCAUAAUGAUUUUUGUUAUUGGGGGCAUCAAUGGCACUGAGGUACGUGAAGCCUGGGAAGCAAUAUCUGAAAGUGGAAGGCCUGAUAUAGAAUUGAUCAUUGGUGGAACAACACUUCUAACCCCUGAUGACAUGCUUGAUUUGCUGAUGGGGCAAUCUAGUUACUUAUGAUUACGUAGAAAUUAUUUUCAGACAUCUUGAAGAUGAAGAGUACAUAGGAAAUUAGGCCAAGAAAAAAAAAUUGCAUUGGCUAACACACCAUUUGGUUCAUGUAAAGAGUCUGUUGUUUCAAAUUGUGCCUUUGUAUACAACAUCAAACAUGGGAGCAAGCCAAAUGAAAGGUUCAGUUUUGUCUUUGACC